AUGAUUCUGCCUCCAGCAGAAAAACCAGACAUAACAUCUAGACCACAACCAUUUGCCAGUGCUCCGGGCCAGAAAGGCGUUGCAUUUGGGGCGGGAUCAAGUGCGCCUAUUUUUCGGAUAAUCAGCAAAUCCGAGAGCAAGAAGGGCUUCCAAGAAGUUGUGGGGGGAACUGAUGUAGUUCCUGAAAGCGAGAAAUCGCAAAAAAUUGCAGUAUGGCAUAGCGACAAGUUGCCGCAUUACAGUGGUCGAAAACAUGAAACGAUUAGUGCGGAAGUAUACGUCAGAAGUCCACCCGAAGCGAAACCCGCAGUAAUUAACGUUUCAACAGCUGACAGCGAGAAGGAGAAACCACGCUGGGUGAUCCUGAAAGCGUGUGAAUCAAAACCUCGUAAGUGGAAUGCCGAACAGCCAGAAAAAGAGCGGAAAUCAUUAAAAGUCAGGAUUCAGUCGGAUGCCACCGUGAGCAGCGGAACUUCAAAGCUCAAGCCUGGAUAUUCCGAAUUCGACAAAAGUUACGAAAAUCUAGGAACGAAAAGCUCUUUGAAAGAAAAAACGCAUGAUUUCUUUUUCAAAGUGAAAAAAGAGAUGGCUGAAAAGACUACCGAAACAUUGCUGUCGGAAGAUUCCAAAUUGGCCAAAGAUCUAAGUUCAGGUUUAGAUGCCAGAAAAUGUGCGCAGAACGGCUUCCGGGAAUAUCGUCGAUCCAAAACCGACCUUCCAGUCGAGGGUAAGUAA